AUGGAAGAAGGUAACCCUUCAAACCUUCAAGGAGAUCCUUCUGAAGAAGAUGUCAAACCCAUUAUCAUCAAACGUCAAGCCUCUCCGACCUGGGAUAACGACACAGACGCUGAUUCCGAUUACGAAGCCAAACCUGCCAAGAAGAAGGCUAAGAAGAGAUGCAGUACCUCAAAACCAUCUACCAGCAAGACGAAAGCUAAUGAGAAAGGCAAAGGUAAACUUAAGAAGAAGAGGGGGAAGAAAAUAGUAGAUCCAGAUGAGGAAGAGGAUAAACCUAAGAAGAAAGUGAUUAUAGCGAAGGAAGUUUAUUGGAAAGAUAUUCCAGAUUGGGGUGAUAGCACUGAUUGUCCGCUGUUACAAUUACCUGAAGAUAUAUUGGAUAUCUGCUUUGGGCUGACAAGUGGUCUUGGUGUUCGAGAUUAUGUUUCUCUCGCGGGAGUAUCAAGAUACUUCAGACAUCACUUCACCCCCGUCAUCUUCCAUUCCAUUUGCUGGUCACAGGGAGUUUCUCACGUCUCUACACUCCAUACAACUGCACGUCAGAUCGACGAACCCGAAACACCUUCCCUCGCCAACCACAUCUUCAGUCGAAACGUGGACGAUUGGCAAACAGCCAGACCAAGGAAAAUCUAUAAUUAUGGUAAUCCAAUCCAUUACAUACCUGAAGGUCCUCGAGAAGUAUGGUCCGAAGCUCAAUACAUUGUAUAUAAGGAGGAACAAUCGAAAUGGAUGGAGAAUGAGCGCAAAACCCAAAUUAAGAGCAUCAGGGAAACCCUGGAAGAACAGAUGAAAGAAGACAGAAAGAAAAAGGCUUGGGCGAUCGUAGGUGCUCAUAGCAGAAAGGUUUUAGCCACUGUCAAAGGACGUGAAGGUGGGGAACCGGCGAUAGAUCGCGAUGAACAUGGAUUACCUGUCAAGGUUAAGAAAGUCGUCGACCAGUCUGAUACGACGUCGGAGAGAGCAGAGACAGAAGAUCAGGUUCAGGCCAACAGGAAAAAGGGAAAGAAAAGAAGCGGGAGAUUGACCAACAACAAACGAUGGACAGUUCCUGAUACCGACACAGAGAAGGAAUAUGAAAUUUUACCCCAACAGUACGUCAACAAGGGUGAACGGCUUAUCUACGAUUGUUGGCCUAACGAAUGGCGUCGUUUGGCCGUCAAUUGGAUCAAUAAUAAGAGAAUUAACAAGACGGAAGCUAUGAGGGUGUACAAGGUCACCGAAUCGGAAUUGCUCUGCCUCAAGCAUGUCCUUGUUACGAACCCGAUGAGUCGUAAAAUUCCUCAGCAAGCCUUUCUGGAAGCGGCAGUCGAAGCUCUCGCCUGGCGUUCUCAUGGUGGAGUGGAGGGUCACAAGCAAUACAUUCGAGCUCGUGCAAUCCAAACCCAAAAACUAGCGCAAAGCCGUCGAGACAGAAUCGAGAAAGCUCAAAGGGAUGGUACUUACGUCUACAAGCACAAGAGGAGAUAUGUCCCUCCAUAUGAUUGGUGGCGCCGAGACACUUUGUACGAUUUUUACGGUCCAUGCGAGUCGGAUUGCGAAGCUUGUGCUAGGGAGAACGACAGCGACUAUGAUUGGUGA